AUGCCCGCCCGCCGCCUGCCUCCGCCUUCAAUUCUCCCGCCCCCUCUUCAAGUUCCCGCCGCCACUCCACCCGUGCUCACCCCCCGCCAGGCUCCUGAGGGCUCCCCCCGACCCGGCCUCUCUGCUUUCCGCACGAUGCAGUUCAAGGCCCUCAACCCCAUCGCUGCCCUCGUCGCAGCCGCCGCAGCCGCCGCCGAGGCGUUCGAUCCCUCGAUCCUGACCGUCUCGUUCUCGUCCGUGGUCACCACCACCGCCUCCCAAGUCCUCGUGAGCAUGAUGGAGGGCCUUCGCUCCCGCCUCCAGCUCAACGCCAGGGAGGGGCAAGCUUAG